AGACGAAAUCGGGAAGUUAAUAUACUUGAGAUAUCUUGAUCUCUCGGACACUGUGAUCACAGCCUUGCCCCACUCCAUUUGCGAGCUCUAUAAUUUGCAAACUCUUAGAGUCAAUGGAUGCUCUUUACUUGAGGAACUUCCAUAUGAGAUGGGGAAUAUGAUAAGUUUGAGACACAUAUAUUGCUCUCGGUCUCAACUGCCACUUAAUGUGGGACAAUUGGCUUGUCUUCAGACCCUACAGUAUUUCAAUGUAGGUUUAGUGAAAGGCCGUCGAAUAGAAGAAUUAGGUCGCUUGAAGAACCUUAGAGGUAAAUUGAAGAUCAAUGGUCUCCAAUUGGUUUGUGAUAGAGAAGAAGCUCGAACAUCAUAUCUACGGCAGAAAUUGAAUAUUUACAAACUGGCAUAUUUAUGGUCCCACGAGGAAUCAGAAGGAUGUGAGAUCAAUGAUGAGCAUGUGUUGGAUGGUCUUCAACCGCAUCCUAACUUGAAAACAUUUGAAGUGAAGAACUAUUUGGGUACUAGAUUUCCUUCAUGGUUCAGUGAAGAAUCGCUACCAAAUUUGGUCAAGUUGAAAUUAAGUGGUUGCAAAAGGUGCAAAGAAAUUCCAUCGCUUGGCCAACUGAAAUUCCUUCGGCAUCUAGAGCUGGUAGGGUUCCAUAAGGUGGAAUGCAUUGGAACUAUAUUUUAUGGUAUUGAGGUUAACAAUAAGGGAUCAAGCAGCAAUAAUGGCAAUAUCCAAGUGUUCCCGUUAUUGAAAGAACUAGUCUUGGAGGAUAUGCAUAGCCUUAUUGAGUGGAAGGGAGUGGAAUUGAUACCAACAAAUGGAGUAAGAAUGUUUCCUGGGCUUGAGAAGUUGAAGAUUAGUAACUGUCCAUUGUUGAAAAGUAUUCCGAAUCAAUUUGAAAUCCUACGUGAAUUAGAGAUUAGAGUAGUUGACAGUGAAAUGCCAUUGUUGAACUUGUUCAACAACUUGACAUCUCUCUUAGAGCUUAGUGUCUAUGAUGUGAAAGAGCUCACUUGUUUUCCAGAUGAGAUGCUACGCAACAAUUUAUCUCUACAACAUCUGUCAGUUUCAUAUUGUGGAGAGUUUCGUGAAUUGCCACAAAGCUUGUACAAUCUCCAUUCUCUUAAGAGCUUAAUGAUUGACAACUGCACCAAUUUCAAUUUUUUUCCUGUUCCCAAAGGAGAGAAUUAUUUGACUUCCCUCCAAAGUCUUGAGUUAUGUUACUGUGAUGGAUUGACCAGUUUACCAAGUGGAUUACUUGAGCAUUGUCGGUCCCUGGAAUCCUUGAAGGUCCACAACUGUAACAACUUAGUUUCCUUCCCCUUACAUGUGUGUGGAAUGCCUUCACUUUCAUAUUUGGGUUUAUCACAGUGUCCCAAAUUGAUUAGUGUACCCUCAGGGGGACUUCACCAUCUCACUAGGUUACGGGAAUCACAUAUUGGUCCUUUCUCAGAGAUGGUGGAUUUUGAGGCAUUCCAAUUAAUGUUUAAUGGCAUUCAUCAACUAUCGUCCCUUCGUACAUUGGAGGUGUGGGGACACUUGCACUGGGAUUCUCUGCCCUAUCAGCUUAUGCAACUCUCUGCCCUAAAAGAGAUCCGGAUAUAUGGAUUCGGAAUCGAGGCUCUUCCUCAUAGAUUUGGCAACCUUACUUCUCUUGAAAGAUUACACCUAGUGGGCUGCAAUUGGCUGCAACAUGUGGACUUCUCAGAUGACAUGCCCAAAUUACAGCUUCUCUGGAUCCAGGAUUGUCCAUUGUUAGAAGAUCUGUCGGAUGGACUCGGCAACCUUGUUACUUUGCAACAGUUAACUUUAUGGAACAGCAAAAAAAUAGAGCAUCUGCCAUCCUGAGAUGCCAUGGGACGUCUCACCAAAUCACGGUACCUUGGCUGCCCACAGUCGGAAGAAAUUUGCACCAAUUGGAGUGGCCCAAACGCCCAGUGGUCCAACAUUUUCCAUAUUCCAUAUAAUGAUGUGGGGUUCGGUCUUGGAUGGUUGAAACAACGGCAUGGAGAAGACUACUAAGUUUCAUAGUCAUGGUUGUCAAGGGAAAUUGCAUUUCGUACAUUCAUUUACAUUUGGGAGGAACUGGAAUUGAGAUACUAGUUCUGUAUGUGGAAAAUUCUGGACUAAGAUCUGUCCGCUGAGGCCUUUCUUGCAUUGUGUACAUGCUGCACCUGCCUUGUCUUGUAUAUAGAGAUUUUGUCUCCAGCAAACAGUUUUUUAAUUAUUUUUUUUAACGUUGUGUGGGGUUAGGCUUGACCCCUACCACGUCUGUAACAUCCAAAAAAGUUACAAAAGCAGAAGGGGACAUGGACCUAACUUCCAGCAAACCGUUUAUAUUCGCUUAAUUGUUGUAUCAUUGCCUAGUUGAUAGAUUCUUUA